AUGUCUCACCCGUGCAUGUCGAAGGAUCUAUUAGGGGCUCCACUACCGACCACGGCCAACCAGUCUUCUUCCCCCUUCGACCUCGAAUUUACCGAUGGCGGAGCCCACUUCACCAUGGCAAAUGCCUUCUUCCCUCGAUUCGCGGAAGGCCAGGGGACGGACGGGGCCUACAAGAUAUUAGAGGAAAUGUUUGAUGAUGAGUAA